UAGUUGUCAACGCAGCAGAAGUCCCAGCAUCCCAAGCGAUACAGCUAGCAAGCCAAACCGGCUUUUGACAAAUAUUUCCUAUAACAAAUCAUUUGUGGGUGCAAAACCAAUUUCAGAUUAAUACAUAGGAAACGGGCGUUAUUGAUGUUGCAUACUGAAUAGGUCUGUAUGUUCUGGCUAACAUAAAUGUGCCACAACAACCCUAAAUCGUUGCAACAAAACAAAAAUACUAACUCAGCUAGCUAAUGUUUUUAGCCUUAGUUCACAGACGAACACGUUAGUUAUAAGUUCUCUGGCUAGGUAGCUAUUUUACCCGAUUACAAGCUCGGGUACAUCAAGCAAUGUCAGGACGAAAGAGGACGCAAAUAUCCGUACCUGAGUCCGAGGACCAAGUAAAAAAGGGCGUGUCACUGAGACAGGUGAGGUCUACAGACCAUGAGAGUGGUGAUGUUAAACCAGGGACAGUGAAGAGUCAGUACUUCUCCAAGGAGGGGGACCCUCAAAGGCUUGGAGAAGAGUUCUUCAACCAGCCCUGUAUAAGUUUGGCUAAAGCAUUCCUAGGCAAGGUAUUGGUGCGUCGGAGUGCGGAUGGCACUGAGCUGAGAGGGAGGGUGGUGGAGACUGAGGCCUACCUGGGAGGAGAGGACAAGGCCUCUCACUCUGCUGGGGGAAAAUGCACUGAGAGGAACACAGCGAUGUUUAUGAAACCCGGCACCAUCUAUGUGUACCCCAUCUACGGCAUCUACCUCUGCAUGAAUGUUUCCAGUCAAGGGGAGGGUGCUGCCGUGCUUCUGCGGGCUCUGGAGCCUCUACAUGGCUUGCCUCUAAUGAGGCAGCUGCGGACAGCCAGGCGGAGAGAGGGGGCCCGGCCCCUGAAGGACAAGGAGCUAUGCAAUGGUCCCUCAAAGCUGUGCCAAGCCCUGGACAUACCACGCUGCUUCGACCGGAGAGACCUAGCCUCAGAGCCAGAGGUGUGGCUAGAGAGGGACCCCCAGAUAGGACCGCAAGAGCCAGGCGUCAGGGAGGUGGUCUCAGCAAGCCGGAUCGGCAUUGACUCUCAUGGGGAAUGGGCCACCAAACCCCUGCGCUUCUAUCUGCGUGGUCACCACUGUGUGAGUGUAGUGGACAAACAGGCAGAGACAGAGAGUUGA